UAGUUAACAGCCAAUUCAGUCGAACGCCAACCAGCAAGCCGAGUAGUCGAGCUCUACAAGGAGAGUAGAACAGAGAGAGAGAGCGAGUGAAAGAGAACUACAUAUUUAUUCAGCAAUGGAAAAGCAGCCACCGCCAUAUAGUGCAAUGCCGCAACCGCAGCCUGGCUAUACGCCUGCACAGACCUAUCAGCCUUAUCCGGGUGGACCCACACAGCCACCGCUGUAUCCACCCAUGCCACAGCCACCGCAACAAUCCACCGUGAUCAUACAGACGACAACCACAUCCAAUUUGGUGCCCAUUGGCAGUGGGCCGACACGCAUACGUUGCCCCUCCUGUCAAGCCGAGGUGGUGACAACUGUUAAGAGCACACCCUCUGGUCGUACUCAUUGCUGGGCAUUGAUACUAUGUCUGUUUAUUUGCUGGCCCUGCGUGUGUUUGCCCUACUGCAUGGAUUCCUGUCAGAAUGCCAAUCACUAUUGCCCCAAUUGCAGCUCCUACAUAGGCACCUACGAGAACUAAUCGCGAAAAAACGAGAUAUA